GACAGCGGCGGGCGGCGCGGCGGCGCCUCCGAGGCGGCGCGGCGCUGGGAGGCGCUCGCGGCGGGCGCCGUGGCGCACUGGGGCCCUGCCGCUGGCGCUGCGGGCGCGCCGUGGCACUGCGACGUCGUGGUGCUGGCGCUGGAGCGCUGCCCCAGCAGUGUGAGGCGGGGGCUACUCUGCGCCCCGGGGCUGUGCGAGGCGCUCUGGCGCUCCGGGCUGGAGAGGAACCUGCCAGGAUUGGCGCGAAAGCUGGCCGUGUGGAUAGGGCUGCUGCCGGUCGGCGGGGGCGAGCUGCACGCGCGUCGGCGCCUGCUGGACGUGCAGCUUGGCGAGGGCCCGGAGGACUGCGUUCUCUUGCUCGCCGUCAAGCGCGGGUUGCAGGAACCGCUCUGGCUGCAGGUGGCGCGCGUCAUGGUGAACGUCGGCGCUUCGACCACCGGUCAGG